AUCUUUAACUUUUUCUACUUGGAGUAUAAUUUAUUUCUUAAUGUUGACUCACAGAAGCAAGAAAACAAGUGAUUGGAUGCAAAUUCAGAUAUUAGGUAGUUCUGUAAAACUAUAGAAUCCCGAAAUGAAAACCAGACAUCACGAUGACGAUGAGCUUCAAUGGAUUCCAUCGUCUCUAUUACAUCAUCUCCAUCGCACUUCUGUUACAACCACCAUCCGCCAUCGCCGGAGAUUCAAUCCUCUCCAGAUUCCAACAAUAUCUUCAAAUCAAUACAUCUCACCCAUCACCCAACUACCAUCAAGCUGCAGAUUUCAUCCUCUCCCAAGCUAAAUCCCUCUCCCUCGAAUCCCGCACCAUUGAAUUCGUCAAAAACAAACCUUUAGUCCUUCUAAAAUGGACUGGCAAAAACCCCGACCUCCCUUCCAUUCUCCUCAACUCCCACACCGACGUCGUCCCCGUCGAACCCCACAAAUGGUCCCACCCUCCCUUCGACGCCGCAAUCGACCCUGAAAAUGGAAACAUCUACGCUAGAGGCUCACAGGAUAUGAAGUGCGUCGGGUUGCAGUAUCUAGAAGCAAUUCGGAAGCUCAAGGAUUCGAAAUUCGAGCCAUUGAGGACAAUCUAUGUCUCGUUUGUUCCCGAUGAGGAAAUCGGUGGACUCGAUGGGGCGAAGAGGUUUGCGAAUUCGAAGAUGUUUGAUGAGAUGAAUGUCGGGAUUGUGUUGGAUGAAGGAUUGGCGUCGCCGGAGGAUAAAUACAGGUUGUUUUAUGCGGAGAGACGUGCUAUGUCGUUGGUAAUAAAAGCUACCGGAGCCCCUGGGCAUGGUGCUAAGAUGUAUGAUAACACGGCGAUGGAGAAUUUGUUGAAGAGUAUCGAGAGUGUGAGGAGGUUCAGAGCAUCUCAGUUUGAUUUGGUGAAGGCGGGUGUGAAGGCUGAAGGUGAGGUCAUCUCUGUAAACAUGGUCUUCCUCAAAGCUGGAACUCCUUCUCCUACUGGUUUUGUGAUGAAUGUGCAGCCAUCGGAAGCGCAGGCUGGUUUUGAUAUUCGAGUGCCACCAAUUGCCGAUCACGAUCAGGCAUCGUUGGAGAGACGAAUUGCAGAAGAGUGGGCCCCAGUUUCACGAAACAUGACAUUUGAGAUUCGGCAGUUUAAGCAGAAGGAUUCUGGGAAGCUAAUUUUGACAGCCUAUGACAGUUCAAAUCCAUGGUGGUCUCUAAUUGAAGAAGCUAUAAUUAAAGCCAAGGGUAAAAUAGGAAAACCAGAGAUAUUUCCUGCUUCAACCGAUGCUCGAUACUUUAGGAUGAAGGGUAUUCCUGCAAUUGGAUUUUCUCCCAUGGCAAACACUCCUAUCCUUCUCCAUGAUCAUAAUGAGUUUUUGAACAAGGAAGAAUACUUGAAAGGGAUUGAUGUGUAUGAGUCGAUACUCAAAGCUUUUGCAUCUUCCAUGGAGUCUAAAAAGGAGGAAGAUGAUGUCAAAGUUGAGCUAUAAAAAAGGAUGUAGAUUUGUAGACAACUAAAUCCUCUAGUGCAUGUAAUAUUUAAUAAAGGAAUCCAAAAGCUUACUUUUAACUG